AGCUAACGAGAUGGAUUCCUCCGAUAGUUCCCGGAUCAUUGUACCUACCAUUCCCAAGUGCCGUCAGCAGUUGAUGCGUUGGGAUGGUUGGGGAUACAAGGAUUCCCAGUUCGAGUACGACGGAAAGGAUUGCUACUUCAGCGGCAGCCGAUAUACGAUAGGGAACGGUGCUCGUUUGAAUCGCUUUCGAGACUGGGUCAUCGAUUACUUCGAUGUUGAUGUUAGUAAGCGGCUGGCGCCGGUUGAGGAGCCUCGUGUAUUUCCGGAACCGUUUAGGUGCAUGGAAUUCCUGGAGGGAUUGAAUAAUUUGCGAGUGGAGUUCUCCGAAGAUGGCAUGGAUCGGUUGAUGAGAUGUCAUGGACAGACAUUGGAGGAUGUCGAUUGCUUGAAAAACCAACGCUUUAAAAGACUGCCGGAUUUGGUGGUUUGGCCGAGGUGUCACGACCAAGUAGUAAACAUUGUAAAGUUGGCAUUGGAGAACGACGUUGCAUUGAUGCCGGUUGGAGGAAACUCGGCUGUCUCUGGAGCGGCUACAACCCCGGACGUGCAGGGAAGAACACUGGCCGUAAUGGAUAUGACACAAAUGAACCGGUUAUUGUGGCUGAAUAAAGAGAACCUCACUGCCUGUUUCGAAGUGGGAAUCGUCGGGCAGGAUAUCGAACGAGUACUCAGAAAAGAAGGCCUAACCGUAGGACACGAACCCGAUUCGGUUGAGUUUUCUACCUUAGGAGGGUGGAUCGCUACGCGAGCUUCCGGAAUGAAGAAGAACACGUACGGCAACAUCGAAGAUUUGGUCAUAAGGGUUAAGCUGGUCACCGGUAUAGGGGUGCUAGAGAAACAAUUCACUGCACCAAGGGUCUCGUGUGGUCCAGAUUUUGACCAGAUGAUAUUCGGAUCGGAGGGUACUCUUGGAAUCAUCACCGAAGCGGUGGUAAGAUUGCGACCCAUUCCAGAGGUUAGUCGAUGUGGUUCGUUGGUAUUUGCGGACUUUGAAACCGGAGUGCGGUUUCUACGUGAAGUUGCCAGAAAACGACUUCAGCCGACAAGUAUUCGAUUGUUGGAUAAUCUCCAGUUCCAAAUCGGGCAGUACGUACAACCAGACGGACCGUGGCAUUCAGGGAUUGUGAAUGGUGUUAAGAAGCAGUACCUCACUAGGAUCUGCGGAUUCAAAUUGGAUCGAAUAGCCGCUGUUACGCUGGUGUUUGAAGGUGACCAAAAAAGUGUCGAGUCUCACGAAAAUCUAAUCUACAAUAUUGCUGCCAGGUAUGGCGCAAUGAAUGCAGGGGCUAACAAUGGCAAAAAAGGCUACGUCAUGACAUUUGUGGUAGCAUACAUUCGGGACUUCGGUUGGGAUUUCAACAUAAUGGCAGAUUCGUUCGAGACAUCCGUUCCGUGGGACAGAUGCUUGUCGCUAUGCAACAAUGUCAAAUCGUGCGUGACGACAGAGUGCGAACGGCGAGGCAUCCGCCGGCUGAUGAUCAGCUACCGGGUGACGCAAACUUACGAUGAUGGGUGUUGUGUUUACUUUUAUAUGGCCAUCAAGCACCCCGACGACCGGAUUGAUCCGGUGGAGCUGUUCAAAGCGAUAGAAGACCGUGCGCGGGAUGAGAUUUUGGCAUCCGGUGGAACUCUGUCGCAUCAUCAUGGUGUUGGAAAAAUGCGUAGCAAAUGGUACCCGGCUAGUGUUUCACAGGUAGGUGUCAGUGUGCUGAAAGCGGUGAAGAGGGCGCUGGACCCGAAGAAUAUUUUCGCUGCCGGGAAUUUGGUGCUGGCUGAGGGGAAAGCUAAGUUAUAGUUCGAAGGUUUGGGAAAUAAAUUA